UCCUCCCCCCCCCGAGGGAGCAGCCUAGACACCCCCCUUCCCGGGGAGCCCGGUCGGAGCCCCCUCCCCCGCAGCAGGGCUCGGGGCCGACCCACCGCUCCGUGUCACCUCCUCUCCCAGGGGGCGAGCGGCAGAGACCCCCCCCGGGGUGUGAGGGCUGCGGGGGCCCAACAUGGCGGAGGCAAAGGAGGAGGGACCCGGAGCUCGUGCCAGGUUUGAAGACAAAUCUAAUUCAGUUUUUGACAUUACAGAGAAAUGUGGUGAUAUUCUGGAUGCAGAAAUGUCUGAGGACGCGGAUCACAAUUUAAUACCUACCCUUGAAAGCAUAUCCUAUGAAAUGCAGAAUCGAACAGGAUCUGAAAACUCACUGCUGGAUGAAGAUGAUUAUUUUCUGAACUCGGGGGAUCUUGCAGGGAUUCCAGUUGUUGGGAGUGACAAUGAGGACGAUCAAAAUUUUACUUCAAAAGACAGUCUCCCAUCUACGAUUCAUGCUGAGGAUAACCUGGAGGAUGGAAAGAGAGUUACAGAACAUGAAUUGGACAGUGAAAAAGAAUUGCAAAUACAAAAUGCAAUCCAAAAGGACAUCACUUCAUCAUGUGAUCAGGGCCCUAUAUUUAAACCCAUUCGGAAGGAUUUUAGCAUAGCAAGAGAUAAUGGUAAAGAGACUUUUUCAACAAAAGAGAAAAGCAGAGAAGGACCUUUCCAAGAACAUGAAAAACGUUUGGAAAAAAUUCCUAAAGAGUUGGAUUCCAGAUUGAAAAGCAGUCUCCUUGAUAAAGCAGUUACUAAUCAAGUAGAAGAAACGUUACGGACACAGUUAGCACCACAGAUUCGAGAAACUAACUUCAGGGAGCCUAGCUACCUGUUUGCUAGCAAGGAAUCCAUUGGUCAGGAGCUGGGGAAUUCCUUUGCAUCAAAUAUUAGAAUUAAGGAAGAGCCUUUGGAUGAUGAAUAUGAUAAAGCUAUGGCACCACAGCAGGGACUGUUAGACAAAAUUAAAGAUGAACCUGAUAACUCUGAGGUAAGUCUGCCAUUACUUUUUAUAUUCUCGUUUCUUACAUCCAGUCCUAUAAACUGGAUAUGA